CGGACCUCAUUAUCAUCAGCAUCAUCGUCAUCACCACCACCAUCUCCUUCUCCUUCUCUAUCUCUUUCUGCUUGUAAAGGCUCACUGCUUCCUUCAGUCGAGACAGAGCAAGUGUUCAUGUUACCCUUCUUCUGCUAGGGAUCAAUUGCUUGCCCUCCAAUCUUUCACAUGUACUGAAUAGCUCAUUGUCUCCGAUCAUUUCUUUGUUUCUUCUACAUCAAACUUUCCUGUCCGAUACAUAUUACAUUUUAUAUCAACGGAAAUGGCUUUCCUCUGGCGGAAUCGACAACGGCCUCCUUCUGAUGUCGUCCGAACAAUCAAGGAGAUAUUGUUAAGACUGGGAGAAGCUCCGGCAGCUGCCAAGGUCGAAGAUGACCUGGCGAAGCAACUUGCGCAAAUGAAAGUGAUCGUCCAAGGCACUCAAGAAACCGACACGACUCCGGAGCAAGUACAUGCUCUGGUUCAAGCCACCGUCCAGGAAGAUCUGCUAUACGAACUUGCCCGCAACCUCCGUCAUCUUCCCUUUCAAGCCAGAAAAGAUACGCAAACCAUAUUCUCUCAGAUCCUUCGUUUUCGACCCGCCCAGGCCAACAAAGGCGACCCCCCAGUGAUUUCUUAUAUUGUACACAACCGUCCCGAGAUCAUUGUUGAGCUCUGUCGGGGAUACGAAUCGCCGGAGAGCACAAUGCCAUGUGGCGCAAUCCUGAGAGAAGCACUCAAAUUCGACGUGUGUGCGGCCAUCAUCCUAUACGACCAGUCUACCGAGGGUCAACCCGCGAUCAGAUUGACACAAGUCAACCCCGAUAUUCCCCAGAAAGGCAAUGGCAUCUUUUGGAGAUUUUUCCAUUGGAUCGACAAGAGCAGCUUCGAAGUGAGCGCCGAUUCCUUUACAACAUUUAGGGACAUUCUCACUCGUCACAAGAGUCUUGUGACCUCCUACCUCACCACCAACUUUGAUCUCUUCUUUUCCCGCUUCAAUGCACUCAUCCAAUCGAGUUCCUAUGUUACCAAGCGCCAGAGUAUAAAGCUUCUAGGUGAGAUUCUGUUGGAUCGAGCCAAUUACAGCGUGAUGAUGGCAUAUGUUGAAAGCGGGGAGAACCUGAAGCUCUGCAUGCAAUUGCUCAAAGACGAUCGCAAAAUGAUUCAGUACGAGGGGUUCCACGUUUUCAAGGUAUUCGUCGCAAAUCCUAACAAAUCGGUCGCGGUGCAACGGAUUCUCAUCAACAAUCGGGACCGUUUGUUGAAAUUCUUGCCUAAAUUCUUAAUGGAUCGCACGGAUGACGACCAGUUCACGGACGAGAAGAGUUUCUUAGUCCGUCAAAUCGAGCUGCUACCUCAGGAGCCCAUUGAACCAGCACGAUCAACCCAGGAGCCAUCCAGAUCGCGAGUCAACACCGCCGCUGCGGCCUAGUGCAUGGCCUUGAAAUGUCCCUUCACCUUUGUCACUACAGCAGGACUGUUUGUAUUGGAUCAGCGCCCCUUAUUGCAUUGAUGGCCUACUGGUAUAUGGCUGCCACGGAGUUAUAGAGUGUGUUUCCGUAUCUAGGACUCGGAUAAAAUGAUGUUGACAUGGAUUACUACCGUAAACAGAAACGCCACUACAAAAGA